AUGACGACCUCUGUGAUCGAGAAGCCCACCCAAGAUGGGCUACGUGGUCGCAGCUCUUUCACCAAAGGGGAGAAUACUGAGCUCAGCGCGGAUGCUGCAAAGUUAAUGGCGAUGGGUUAUGAGCCGCAGUUGAAGCGAGACGUGAGCACUCUUCAACUGAUCGGAGUAGCUUUCAUGGUCACUGCGUCUUGGCUUGGCGUAACAGGAGGUUUCACGACCGGAGUGGUGAUCGGCGGCUCAGUUUGCCUUGUAUACGGCCUGAUCAUCGUGGCUGUCUUGAGUACAUUCUUCGCUAUCACCCUUGCCGAGCUGUCAAGUGCCAUGCCUACAGCCGGGGGUCAGUAUUACUGGGUGUCUAUACUUGCCCCUGAAAGGGCCGCCCGCCCAUCUGCCUUUUUCACUGGCCUUUGCAACUUGGCUGGCGGUAUCGUGUCUACGGCUGGGGCCAGCGUCUUGAUAGGACACAUGGUACUGGCUUGUGUCAAACUUUGCCAUCCAUCAUUUGAAAUCAAGGCUUGGCAGGUCUACUUGGUAGGACUUUGUUUCAACUGGAGUGGUUGCAUUAUCAACAUCAACAAGACUGUCGUUGCCAAGAGUGUAUCACUUGGCAUGUUUGUCAGUAUUGUUGUCUGCCUCGCUAUCGUAGUCGCUGUCCCAGCUGCCAGCCCUUCUCAUACGUCUCCGUCCUUCAUUUUCACGAGUACCGAUAAUGUGAGCGGCUGGAAUUCCAAAGGCAUGGCCUUCCUGGCUGGCCUGAUCAAUGCCAACUACAGUUUUGGGCUUAUUGAUAGUGCUGUUCACUUGGCCGAAGAUAUCAAGAAUCCCGAGAAGAACGUCCCGAAGGCCUUGUUUUUCACAGUGGGAAUCGGCUUCGUGACGGCUUGGCCUCUUGCAAUUCUCCUCAUGUAUUGCCUGACAGAUUUCGACGAUGUUGUGAACACAGCAACCGGUGUUCCUCUGCUUGAGCUUUUCUACAUAUCAUUCAACAGAAGCAAGGCCGGAGCUGUCGUCAUGAUGUCCGGUCUUAUUUCAAAAAUUUGCUGGGCCUUUGCAAGAGAUAACGGUCUCCCUCUAUCAAGAAUUUGGUCCAGAGUUCACCCCACCAUGAACGUACCGGUUCAUGCUUUGAUGCUCUGCUCCGUACUGGUGUCGAUUUUAUCAGCCCUCUGUAUAGCUUCGUCAACAGCUUUCAACAGUCUCGCUGCUGGUGUCAUCAUUUUUCCUUCUUUAUCUUAUACCCUUCCGGCUAUAUUUUCUCUACUGCCCCGGAACAAGCAUAUCAAGGGACCUUUUAACUUGGGUGUCAUUGGAACUGUUUCCAAGGUCAUCACAGCUGCCUUCUGUAUCUUCGCGACGGUUAUCUACUCAUUCCCAUAUGUGAUGCCUGCGACCGCAAGUAGUAAGGAUUCCCGCAACUCAAUGAUUACUAAGUUUCACUAA